UUAAAUAAAUCUGGUAAAUUAUUAUUGUAAAAGUAAGGUUUUUUGAUAGUAUGGCGAAAAUAUGUCUAAAUAUGACACUUUUUAACUAUUUUCAUAUCAAAACAAGACAAUAGUUUCACUUGAAAGUGCAGAUAUCAUUUGUAACUUUGACAAUUGUUUUGGAUAUUUUUUUAUAAAGUUGUACUUAAUGAUAAAUUAUGGAUGAAGAUGCACAAGUAAGUGGCAAUUCUAUUAUAGUUGUACCAGAGUCUCCUGAAAGCCCAAGUAUUCUACGCUCCCCGAUAAUCGGUCGUCAAAGACAAGAUUCCCAUUCUUUGGUACAACCUGAUCCAGUACAAGAUGAAAAUGCCCAAUUUAGCGAUAAUAUUUACAAUGAAGGGGCUAGUUCCAGUAAUAAUGAAACGAGUAAUCUUCCAAGAGAUAAUUAUGGCUUCUGGCAACCGAAUAUGGGUGUGUACAAUGAUAAUUCGAGCUCAGCACAAGGGAAUUCAUCACAGCCUAACCCAGAAAGCAACCAAGCAAUACAGGAAAUUGUUAGACCUCAUAGUGCCGAUCCGUGGCGUCCUGGUCUUGGUUUAUUUGAUGACAACUCUAGUUCUGCUCAAGCACCAAUCGUACAUUCAGAAGAUAGUAACACGGGUAUGAUAAAUCAAGAAUCGAAUAGUUUACAAUCGUUUCCCGAUGCUGAUAUUAAAAAGGAAGAUACUAUCGAGGAACCGCCUGCGAAGAUUAGAAAGUUAUCCUCUCCAAAACAUAAUGACGAGGUCGAUGGCGAGGCUUGUCCAAUUUGUUUAGACUCUUGGGGCAAUUCAGGCGAUCAUAGAUUGGUUGCUUUAAAAUGCGGCCAUUUGUUUGGCGCCCAAUGCGUUGAAAGGUGGUUAAAAGCUCAGAACAGCAAAGACAGGUCCUGUCCAACGUGUAAAAGCAAAGCGACGUUAAAAGAUCUUAGAUUUAUCUACGCGAGGAGACUCGUGGCGGCGGAUACGUCACAGAUAACGACGUUGCAAAAACAAAUUGAUAUAUUACAAGCGGAGAAGAGUAGGACCGAGCUGGAACUCGAAAAGUCUAGAAUAGCCCACCGAGCUUGCUUAUUACAACUAGAAGUCCUUAGAAGUACGUUAAUGAAGAAUCAAGUCUCCAAGGAGCAAGCGCCCAGAAGAUCUUGGAGAUUCGCGUUGGAGAAGAAUUUAGAAAUAUGUAAAGAUGGCGGCUGCAGAGUACUCACGUAUAAUUGUAGGACUUACGAAUUAUAUGUAUCUCAGAAAAGCACCGUCAAUCUAUUUCCAGGUUUCGGUAUUCGGAAAAUUAGCUGUACAGAUAAUAAAUUAGGUGAAUUCGUUCAUUUACACUCAAAACCGAUACGAGAUAUAACUUACUCUCAGCCCAGAGACUUACUUCUCAGCGUGGGACUAGACAGCACUGCUCGGAUCGUUGAAAGAGGUAUCCCGAGUGCAACGAUACAGUGUGGCGUACCUUUGUGGUCUUGCUCAUGGGAUUAUUUACGCAGCAACGAAUUCUAUGUCGGUGGAGUCGGUGGUGUGAUACACCAGUACGACGUUAGAAACCCAGGAUCAUACAUCCAAAGACUAAAUGCGAUCUCAGACAUAUCCCCCGUGGUAUCCCUCUGUUCUACGGAAUACGGAUUAUUGUCGUGUCAGUUAAACUCCUGCUGGCUCUGGGUGAGCAAUAUGAGGCAGUGGGAGCCCCGGUCGUUGCCAGUCGACGGGCCAUUCAUGUCCCUCUGUUACGACAACGAAUCACACAGGGCGCUGUUGUCAUCUCGUGCCAGUGCCAACGAAAGAUCGAGAUUGAGUUUGUGUAAGUUAAAAGCAAGCGUGCCGAGUGGCGAGAUAUUGUUUGACGUAGAACAGACGUUUGCUGGAUCGGUUCGGUCUACAUUAAUGUCUAGAAGUUCCUUCGUCAGAGUUUCGGGAGCUUCGUGGGUAGCUGCUCAUUCGGAGAGCGAGUCUUCUCUUUAUCUCCACGGACUUGACGGUGCUAGGACGAUGUCGCUGCCGGCGGCAGAGCCCGCGAUAGACGUUUGUUCAGCUCAGUUGAACGGCGACACAAUACUCGCAGCGCUCUCCGAAUCGAGGCUGCGUCUAUACAAAGCUAUACCGACUAAUUCCUGACGAACAAAUUAUUGAAUUCGCUGUGAUCGUGGACAUUAAAAUUAGUUUUUUUUUUUUGUAAAUAUUUUUCGUGUUUAGGCGUUAAAUUGUAGGUUAUUUGGUAAAUAAACAAAGUUAUGAAAUAUUUUGUAUCGCGCUGCCAUUUUGUAAUAAUGUUGUGAUUUUAGUUUUAAUAUUGUUGAAAUGUUUAUUUAAGUUAUCGGUAAAUAAUUAUAGAUUGACGGGUUUACUUGUAAAUUUUGUUUGGGGUAUUGGCUUAACAAUGUUGUGUCUUCGACUUUCGAAUGUCAAAUCAAUGAUUACAAAAAAAGGAAAAAAAUCUGUGUUUAAACUAAACCUCAGAACGAAUUUUAUUAGUAAGGCUGUUAUAGUUUAAAAAGUACAAUAACAAGGCGUCAACAAAAACGAUCCAAUCUACUGAAAACAAUGUAACUACAGAAUAAGCGACAAAACAUCUUAGGUCCAAGGUUGGCGGUGUAUGGAAUGGUGAAUGUUGUUAGCGCCAAUGUCUGUACACAUUUGCAAGUCUACCUACCAAUUUAGAAAAAAAAAACACCAUAAUUGAGUUUUAUACGUUAAUGAAGAAAUAAGUUAAUUCUACAGUUGACCGUGUCUGUACACUUUCGAAAUGAAGUGGACAUAUAAUGUGAUACAGUAUUUCUUUCUCUUUCUUAUUGAUCGUGGACAAAUUAAUAAAUUCAGUCAGAAUUAAAAGUAAUCUCGCACGUGACAUUGGCGAAAUAAUCUGUGCCCUCUCGGCACAAACAAAAGUACUCGUUAUGAUGAUAUUAUCAGAAAAUGUCAUUGUACUGUUUAAUACGUCUGCAUUUUCAUCUUUCAAACUUGACAGUAUUUACAGUGUAAACUCUAUAUAACGACACACAAGGGACUGUGUGUAUUUGGACGUUAUAGGAAGUUGUCGUUAAAUGCAAAAAAUUGUAUUAAAAAAAAAGAAAAAGUUUAUUUCCGACAAGUGUUUGUAAAUAAAUGAAACAAUUCUUAUUUGAACGCUAUUGCAUAUAGUCUGUUACUUUCGUUUGACGUCUGUUGCUGCACUAGUAGUUUUAUUGUUUAUUUUUACUAAUACAUAACGGUGCGAUAUUAAGGCAUCUUGGUGAUAAAAAAAGUACUUUUUUAAUCAUUUUGCUGCUUCACAACCACAUGUGUAAACUAAAGAACGGAUUUUUUUGAAAGUUCGGUAUGUAUGAUGCCGACAGUUUAUUACGGGCUAGGAUAAUAAACCGACCAAAGAACUUACACAUCUGCGCUGUUUUUACUAAUUUUGCCAACUAAAAAAUAUAAUUUUUAUUAUUUAACGUGUCAUUAUUGAGAGAGGGUGUAACGCUAUAUAGAGUGCAUUAUUGUAUGGAAGACAAGCUGAACGAACUUUCGACGCUUUAGGGAGUUCGUCGUUAAAUCAAUUGACGUUACAUGGAGUUUACACUGUAUAUAUGGUAUAGUUUACUAGUCAUAUAUCACUUAAAAUUAAAUCGCUGAGUUCUAAACCAAAGCUACGUCACGAUUUGAACUGCCUUAGAAGCUGCAUUGUGUAAAAACUUGGUCCUAACUCAGAAAUAACAAUAUUUAUUAUUUUUUCGUAUAUAAUUUGAUAAGAAUUUUAAAUAAUGUUUUACUCUAUACGCAGCUUAAAAUAUACAUUCAAGAAUCAAUUUUCCCGCCACUGUAACGAGUAACUGUCAAUGUUCUUGUAGCCAGAUUAAAAAUAUAAAUGUUUAAAAGACAAGUGUCAGAUACUCGUCUGUAAUAUACAGAUAACAAUAAUUCAGUUACAUAUAUCAAAAAUAUUCUACCAAACCAGAAUCUCUUUAGUUUUUAAACUCUGAAUAAGUUCGUUGGUGGAUUGGAUCUUUUUCGUUGACCUUAGAUCCAUGGUAUCUUAAACUCAAAUACUCGAAUAUAAAAAAAAAAACUGAAAUAAUAAUACACUUCGUGUUAAAUUUUCUAUAACAAAUACACGUUUUCUCAGACUAAGGUUAAAAUUUGUUUUGUUUUUUUUUUUUUUGUUAAAAUU